CGAACCGCACCUCUCUCCCCGAACCUUCCUCCCGCGAUGGCCGCCGCCGCCCCAGGAGGACAGCCAGCACCACCAGAACCCAUCCCUAGUGGUGGUGGUGGUGCUAGUGAUGCCGAACCGGAGCCCGUCGUCGGCCGGUGGCUGGCAGACCCGGACCACGUCCCCUGGAUGCCCGAGUGGGCGGAUCCAGAGUGGCGCGAGAACAUCGAGUACUCGGCCCGCGGGAACUCCUUCCGGGAGCACUUCGUGAGCUCGGGCGGGCCCCUGUUGCGCCCUGCGAUCCUGCCCCGGGACCAGAUUAACAACCCGACGGAGUAUGCUCGCCGCUUCGGCAUCUAUCCCAAGGACAGACCGGACGACCCGGACCCGAUCUUCGGCCGGUCCAAUAUCACGCCGACGACCCCCGGCCCUGGCCAGCUGCCGCCGGAUCCAUCGGGGACCGAAGAGGUCUGGCAGUCUGUUGUUUUCGGCGGGCCGACGACGAGGGAGCUCAUAGACUCGGGCGCGUAUGAUCCGAACUAUCAGUCUUCUGGGACUCCUAUCUCGGGAGACCUGCACUACCUCUUUAGCAGAGAUAAAUGGUUGAAUGCGACGGUGGCCAGUCGGAUUUUCCCCAGUGCGAUAUGUAACACGCGGUGGAGGUUUGGAGACGAGGAGGGCCAGUACGACGUUGACGACGACAGGGUAUGGGCAGCCAUGGAGCCGGCGCUCCGCCUCGCAAGCAGGGUGAUUGCCUCGAACCAUCCAUUCUGGAACGCAAUGCUAAGCCUCUACAACGUCCGGCCCGUCCCGGACGACGUGGACGGGCGCAAUGCUGAGGCCCGCCAGCGGGACGGGGCGCCGUUCAUGUCGCUGUGGCUCGACGAGAACCGGCCGGGCAUGUACGAGUUCGCGUCACAGCUCAAGCAGCUGGGCUUCCGGUCCAGGGAGACGACCCAGGCGAUACUAAACCAGUACCUACGUUUCACCAUCGGCACCUGGGAGCCCACCGCUCGUGCGAGCGGCGUCACGUUUGGCCUUGGCUUGAUUCGGGAACCCCGCAAGCCGUUCCCUCCUCGGCCGCGGAUUAUGAUCAUAAAGUUCCCUGAGGCUCGAGCUGUGGCCGCUUUCGACCUGGCAAGAAUAAUACUUCAUGAGAUGGCCCAUGCUUGUAAGAGUGAGUUCACCCCUGACCCAGAUUUUACCUUGAACAAUUUGCCAGAGGCGACGGUGAGGGACCUGGGGAUAACGCCAGAAAUGCGCCUACGGUUCGUCCCACUGUAUCACGCCAUGUACGGCGGUCAGAAUGCACGACCAGGGCAGUACUUCUUCCAGGAAGGUCCACAGAUGGAGGAGGGCAAAGCCUUCGAAAACGAGCUAUGGGGCGGCAUCAUCCACUCAGGCAACCCCGUCGCCAACGAAAAUGAGACCAAGAUGAGCUGCAUGAUCCAGUGCCUGUCGUGGCCCCAGAGCCACCUGGCCCCCGACCUCCAGCACACCGAGGUCGACAAGUCCUUCUACGGCCCGUACUCGGCGACUCCCUACGCCGGGUACCUGCUGAACCCGCCCGCCCCCGUGUACGAUCAGCGACGGCCCGUGGCCGUCAACGAAUAUGCCCAGUUCUUCUCGGAGGAAUGGUGGCAGGACCUUUUCCAGCGGUUUGGCCACCAUGCGUUCAAGCUCCAGGCCCACUCCAACUCGCUGUUGCUCGUCCACUCGCGUGGGAUACGGAUAUUGGCUUUUGAGCUGCGGCGAGAGUUGGGCGAUGAGGAUUUCAAUUAUAUUACUGGCGUGGCUGCGCCCUUGUUGAAUGACUCGAAUCAGUUCAUUUUGAGCAGUUGGCUGCGGGCGGAAAUGGAAGACCUCGUGUUCUAUCAAACCACAAUGCGCAGACUCUUUUACGAGGCAAGGACGUGGCAAAAUACGUAUGGGAGAUUAAACUCCCUUGCCCAGAAAUCCACGACCGACAUUGAUCAAAUGGCUGCCGCAAUUGCUGGCUGGGUUGCGGACAGUGCAGCAGGAAGGCUGCAGACACCAGAUUCUCAGGAGACAGUCAGAAGGGCUUUCAGCCAAGCCUCUGACACCGUCAUGGCCGCCGAUCUCCUCGAGUUUGAUCGAUUGCUCGGGUACGCGAUACAAUACUCACAGUCGCUGAUAGCCAUUUAUUCCCUCCUCCCGACGGAAUUUGAGAGACGAACCGUGCACCAGAGGUACAUGACACCCAUCCGAGGCCACCUGAACCUCGUGCGCACCUGGCUACUCGCGCUCGGGCGGAAGCUCCAGGCCUUUGCCACCUAUCUCUCCUCGAUCGACGGCCAGUUCCUCCUCAACGAAAACAUCCAGGCGAUUGUCUACUACAUAAACCUCAUGCAGGAGAGCGCAAACGGCCGCGACGCCAAUCUCCAACACACUAUAGAGCUCCUGGCGGACGAGAACAUCGCGCCGGGGUUCGACUACUCCCGCCACCCAAACACGCUGCCGAGCGUCCCCGAGUCGAGGAAACGCCUGACCAUGAGGGCGUUAUGGACCAAGGCCUCGGCCCGCCCGCUGACCUACCUGUCGGCAUCCUCGAGGAGCCGUGUCGUGGAGGUCGUCCAGAGGUGCUCGGAGAUACUGUUGAACCACCGCACGGAGCGGGACCGCCGGAGGCAGACCGGCAACCAGAAUUUCCCGGCCUUACAUUCUGGCGCCGGUGCCGGUGGUCCCUCGGGUGCCGGUGGUUCCUCGGGAAACGCACCGCCGCAGUCACCUGGCCCCACUAGUGAUGUUGAUCUGAACGCCCCCCAGGAGUUUGAUAUCCCGUGGGAGAUCGCGGAGGGGAUGUAGGAGGCGCCAUUGGAGGGAAACGGUAAGGACUUGCCGUUGUAUGGGCUUGUUGUCCAGACAGACAGCUGGGCGGGUGUGAAGAUUAUUUAGUUUAGUUUACCCCAGCAGAAGUUGGCAAUAAGUGGCUUGGAAUGGUCUUGGUCGCCAAGUUUUCAAGG